ACCUCAAUGUUAGACACGAUCGAGACUCCUGCAGAAGAUCCAGAACCUGUUACUCAAGCCGAAUUGCAAACCGACUUAACAGAACCAGAAACAAGCACAUCAACAUCUACGUCGACCUCAACGACAACCACUACGUCAACAACAACCAAAGCACCGACCAAAGAGGAAUUAAUUCUAGGAACUUGUGACACAUCCUUUGAGGCUGACUCUCGUCUGAUAAACAAGGACGGAUCUCUCAAAGAUCCAGAACAAUACGGCUUUUGGGUACAGUCCUGUGGCACCCAGUUCGUCUUUGGAAAGUCAUUGGCAACGUGGCGAGACAACUUUAUAAAAUGCCGGCAGAUUGGAAUGGAGCCGAUUUCCUUCGAAAACGAGACGAAAUUAGAGUGCUUUAAAAAUAUGGUCUCCAAGUGGAAGUACAGCUCGAAUUACUGGACGUCCGGUUUGCGUGUCAGCGCGAGCAAGUUUUCUUGGUGCAAAAAGGACGGAUCGAUCGCGGUUGACAAAUCGAAAUUGACAUGGGCCGCUGGCCAACCAGACAACGUGAACAACACUGAAAACUGUGUCCACCUAAAUGUUGUGAAAAGCAACUCUUCGUUUUACUUUUCGGACAGGACAUGCACCGAUCCACAAAUAUUCGCGUGCCAGGGUCCACCAACACCAGCUCCAGCGUGCUCUUCACCCGUCUGUCCAAAUGUAACCUGCGCGAAAAAUCUAACUUAUUAUUCAACCCUAGGAACGUCACAAUUUAUUACCAAACCCGAGCAGUUUGGAAGUUGGCUCACGAUCAAUGGGCGAAUGUACCUCUACAGUUUUCAGGACGUGAAAACUACAUUUUCAGGUGCAAUGGCAGCGUGCUGUGAAAUCGGAAUGACCUUACUCAGUUUGGAAUACGACUACAAAUACAAAUCCGUCAUUGCAGCCAUUAAAAACAACGUGACGUCGAGUGAUUAUUUCUGGACCUCUGGUUCCGACAAAGGGUGCGAGUCGAAUUACGGUUACUGCUCGGCGAAGAGAUUGAUUCGAAAAGAGGCAAUUUGGGCAUCAGGUCAACCGGACAAUGCUGAUGGAAACGAGAGUGCUGUUGCCGUGUACAUCACCGACGCCAAAGCUCAGUUGUUUGACUUCAAUGAAGAGUCAAAAUACAGAUACGUUUGUGAGGCUCGUGAUACAUCCAAAGCUAAAUCUGGUGGAUCUGCUGUAAGGGACGAGUGCACCUCGAUUUACAACGUCUCUCAAGUUGAAAUCGACACCGUUCUGAAUAACACAAAUAAACUGGAUUUAAGAUUAAAGUGCUUCUUGAAAUGCCUGGGAGAAAAUUCUGGACUGAUGGUAAAUGGAAAAUUCUUGGAGAACGAGGUUUUAGCUAUUCUGGAAAAUCUUGCCCACGGAAACCUGGACGACCUUCAAAAGAACAUGGGCAUCAUGGACGAUUGCGGAAAAGCGUCCACUGGCAUGGACGAAUGCGACAAGGCGGCGCAAAUGAUAGGCUGCAGUAACGAAAAGGCACCCGACGUUCUCAACGGCGUCAUAAUGGCUAUGGACCAGUCGAUUCCUGUGGAAAACGCACCGCUUCCACCAGAAGCGUACUGCUACAAUUCAUCUGAGUGUCCAUCGGCCUCACUCUAUUUGAAAUACGCUCAGGAAAUCUCUGCGUGCUCAGCUGACUGCCAGGCAACCUAUGGUGUAGUUAAGUUUUGUGGAGGGAAAAAAUAUUACUUCGAUGCAAGAGUGAUGGAUUUUAAAAGUUCGUUUGCUAACUGCUGCAACUUGGGCUUAAAACUGGCGUCGAUCACGAGUAUUGACCAAAUCAAUUGCCUCGCUAGUUUCAGUUUCCCUAACCAAAAUACAUGGCAUUGGAUGGCUGCCAGCAAAAUGAAUAGUAGCAUUCCUCGAUGGUGCACAUCGGCCAUUCCAUUCAACUUCAGUAUUUUCAACUCCACUUGGGACGACCCGGCCGCAGCAUAUGACUCAUAUGUUAUAACACCAAUUUCGAAAACUAUGUCAGUUACACAACAAAGUACUGGCCGCUACUCAAUAUGCGAGCCAAUUUAAACAAAAUGCUGAGGUUUGACGGAAUUAAACCUUCAAAUU